GAAUGUAAAAGGAUAGUGUUUUAACAAAUUGAAGCCACAUGAAGGUUCCUCCCAAAUCGUAAGAGAGAAAAUAAGUGGUUUGCGAGAUGGAUGGAUUACAGCAAGUCGGUCUCCCGGUGCUCGGAAUUGUAGCAGCAGCUGCCGUUACUUUUUACGUCGUCAGCUUCUCCGAGCUUCGAGAGAAAUCAUUGAACAAAGAGUGGGACGACGAUUCUGAAAAUGGUGGAUUCAGGACGUCUUUGAGCUCAAGAGAAAGGAGAAGCAGAAGAAAAGCUCAGAAGCAGAGUAAUAAACCCUAAUCAUCUCUUUCUAAAACACAAGAAAUUGUUGGUGCUACUGUUACUCGUACAACCUUAUUUUCUUUCUGGAUUUUAAAUUUUCUAUGAGAUGAAAUUCUUCGUCGGAAGAA